GAGAGAGAGAGAGAGAGAGGGAAUGGAAGGUGAGAGAAGAAGGAAGAUCAUGGUUGCUCUGGAAUACAAUGAAGAAAGCAUCCACUCCUUGGAAUGGGUUAUGACUUAUCUCAUAAUUCCUGCAUCACUUGAUUCCGUAGUGUCUGAUCAUCUGGUUAUUUUAUUUAUAACCCCCAAAGCUCCCUGGACUGCAACUAUUAUAGGAAAAGUUGGAAACUCUUUAGUUACAAGCUUGCAACAGCCAUUAAUGAGUGAUGGUCCUGAGCAGAAACAGAUUCAGAUGGCUCGUGGUGUUGUUGAACGAGUCAGAAAUAUGUGUGAGAAAAAUAACAUUUCGUAUGAGAUGAAGGCCAUGGCUGGAGAAGCCAAAGCAGAGAUAUGCAAGGCAGCUAACGCACUUGGUGUAGACCUCUUGGCUGUCGGCGACCAUGAAUAUGGUGGGGGCAAAAGGCUAUUCUCAACGGGUUGUGUCGCGGACUAUUGCCUUCAGUAUGCCAAGUGUCCCGUCAUGGUCGUCAAAAGACGCCAUUACUGAUUACAUCAUUUCAUCAAAAAACAGGAAGAAGUCUCACUCUCUCUCUCUCUCUCUCUCUCUCUCACAGACACACACAUAUACAGAAAAGCUGCUUUUAACUAGGUGUUUCAAUGGAUUGUGGUUGAGCCCAUUUGCAUGUAUUCCAAGGAACUGAUAUGUAUAGGUGUCCCUUAUUAAAAUUGAGAAAUGAUAUCAGUAUCUUCCUUUGCCUAUCUCUUUUUCA